CGAAACCUCCUCACCUACACCGAAGAGACCAAAGGACCACAGCCUGAGAACAUCAAGCGGACUUUAAACCUGGUUCUGUGUGGGAGGAGAGGAGCAGGGAAGACGUCAGCAGCCAAGGCCAUUUUAGGUCAGACUGAGCUUCAUUCAGUCUCCAACUCAUCAGAGUGUGUUCAACAUCAGGGAGAGGUGUGUGGACGUUGGGUUUCCCUGGUGGAGCUGCCUGCCUUGUAUGGAAAACCUCAGGAGGCAGUGAUGGAGGAAUCACUCAGGUGUAUCUCCCUCUGUGAUCCUGAGGGUGUCCAUGCCUUCAUCCUGGUCCUACCUGUGGCUCCCCUCACUGAUGAAGACAAGGGAGAGUUAGAGACCAUCCAGAACACAUUCAGCUCUUGAGUCAAUGACUUCACCAUGAUUCUGUUCACUGUGGACUCAGAUCCUACAGAUCCAGCUGUUGGUAACUUUUUAAAUGAAGAAAAGGACAUCCAAGAGCUCUGUGAGAAAUCUGGAGGAAGAUCCGUUGUUUCCAACAUCGAGGACAAACAGCAGAUCCCACAGCUGUUG